AAUUUUGCGAGAGAAAUCUUUUUUUUUUUCCUUUGUCUAAUCUCAUUUUCCGAAUCGUUCGAAAUCGGCCAUGGAAGCAACAGCAAGAAUUUUCAGUACUUCUGCUCUCAAUCGUCGUCUCCUUCUCACCAAGAUAAAUGUAAAUCUAGAAACCCGUUCGAUCAAAUACACAAAUCAGCUCUGUUCUCCCUUUCACAGUGCCGUUUCCCGGGAAUCCUCUAUCUCCGCCGCUCGUAUACGGUGCUCUUCCCGCCCCCCGAAUGCGAAGCCCUUCAAAUCCCUCUUCUCGCUAACGUCACAUUUCCGUCUCGAGAACUCCGCCGUUCACGCCAACCCAUUCCGAUCCGAACCUAACGACGGCGUCGCCGUCUGGAACAGAGCUCCACGGAGCGUGAACGGAGUAGGAAACGCGACGACGUUCGGCGGGAACGGGAAAGAGACGACGGUGGUUCUCCUGGGUUGGUUAGGAGCGAAAGCAAAACACCUAAGGAGAUACGUGGAGUGGUACAAUUCCAGAGGAAUUAACGCCGUUACUUUCACCGUUGACGUUAGGGAUUUGCUCCGGUUAGAUCUUGGCCGGCGGCUUGAACGACGGAUUGCUGAGUUUGGGAACGAAUUGGUCAAUUGGGUAUCGGAGAAAGAAGACGAUGGUAGAGAAAAAUGUUUGGUGUUCCACAGUUUCAGUAACACUGGUUGGCUUGUCUAUGGUGCUUUGCUCGAGAGCUUUGUGGGCAGACAAGAGUUAAUAGAAAAGAUUAAGGCUUGUAUCAUCGAUUCGGGAGGAGCAGAUCCUCUAGAUACCAAGAUUUGGGCAGCUGGGUUUACCGCUGCCAUAUUGAAAAAGCGUAGCUCCACCAUAAACACAGAACCAAUCAGUCCCAUAAACGAAGACGAUGCUUCAAACCCACAAAAGAAGGAACCUCUAGGACUCGAAAACAUGAUGCUAUCAUCACUAGAGAAACUCUUCCCCAUCGUCUUAAACCUCCCAGAUGUCAACAUGAGGCUAAAGAAAAUCAUCAAGAAACUCUAUGAGAACCAUCCUCCAUGUCCUCAGCUCUAUCUUUACAGCUCUGGGGACAAAGUUGUUCCGUCUCAUUCCGUAGAGCAACGGAUCAAAGAACAACAGAAGAUGGGAAGAAGCAUACAUUCUUUCAAUUUCAAGUCGUCUCCUCAUGUCGAUCACUACCGGAAUUUUCGUGACUUGUACUCCUCACAGCUUCACAACUUCUUGCAAGAGUGCUUCACUCCAACAAAACAGCAAAAAGCUCUAUGACUUGGAACAUAUAUACAUCUUUUUUAGCAGAAUCUUUGUAUCGGGUUUAUUGUUUUUUUGGGUCCAAAAUAGUUAAUGAUUCUUAUUACCCAGACCCAGACUGUCGGACUGUUUCUAAUCUACUCCUAAAGAAUGUAUGGUACAAUUAUACUUAAAACCGAACCGAA